UCUGCUAUUUCUCUCCCACCAAAUCCCCUCUCUCUCUCUCUCUCUCUCCCUCCCUCUCUCAGCCUCUUUUAUCGCAAAAGAAGCCAAGAAGCUCAAGAAAAGACUCAGAGACCCUCUCGUUUGUUCCCUCACAUUUUCCCUUCUUCUUUCUUGACAUCAAUCACCAAGAAAACACCCACCCCACAGGCAUUUCGCAAUCAAUUAAGUCCCUCUAUCAGACCAGAAAAGAAAAGAAUCUUGCGACCUUUUCUUUCUCUCUGAUGGGCAGAAAGAUGGCAGAAGAAGUGACGAAGGAUCCUAUCGCAGAUGAGGUAGUCAUUUACGGAAAGAUGGCAGAAGAAGAAGUGACAAAGUAUCCUAUUCCAGAGGAUGUAGUUAUGAGUAUACUCUUAAAAUUACCCAUCAAAUCUAUUUUGAGAUUCAGGUGUGUAUCGAAAUCAUGCAAUUCCCUCAUUACUUCCCCUUACUUCAUCAAGAAACACUUUGCCAAAGCCAAGCAAUUGAUUCUUCGAGUCGGAAAGCCUGUAGCAUCUGUCUCUUUGCAUCUUGAUAACGAUUCUUUAGAUAGGUGCUUACAAUUGGACUUUUGUCAACCUAAUGCUUUUAAGGUAAAUGGUUCUUGUAAUGGAGUUGUAUGUCUUUCGGGUAUACAUCCCAAACUUGAUGCCAGCGGAAGUGUUAUUUUGUGGAAUCCAUCUAUUAGAAAAACGUUGCAUCUUCCACCACCGAGGUCCUAUGCCAGAAUUGCCACUACUUUAUUAGGCAUUGGCUAUGAGCCACGAACCGAUGACUAUAAGGUUGCUAGGGUUGUGAGGCUUGGUAGUUCAGCCGAACGUCCAUUUGUUUUUCAGUCUUACUCUCUCAAUUCAAGAUCUUGGAAUGAAAACGUUGAUUUCUUCAGUAGAAGUCUUGAAAACGAAGAGGCAUUGCGUGAUAUCACCCUUUAUCGCCAUGACAAUCAGGCUAUUGUAAACGGGGCUAUUCACUGGCUUCUAUAUCGAAAGGGCAAAAUCAAUAUUGAGCGAUACAUUAACAGUUCGUUACCUUUACCGGGCCAUAACAAAGUGUUUGCAUUAUCUUUCAAUUUAAGCAAUGAAUCAUUCGGAGAGAUAAUGCUGCCUGAAUGUUUUGAUGAUCGGAGGAAAGUGGUGACAGAUAGGUCAUUGUCAGUGUUCCAGGACUCUCUUUCUGUGAACGUCUUUAAUUGUGGUCUGUAUAGCGGAAAAUGUCUUUGUGAGAUAUGGGUGAUGAACCAAUAUGAUGUGAGGGAAUCAUGGGCCAUAAAAUACCAGAUUGAAAUGCUCCAUAUAGCAAGGCCAGUGGUUCAUAGGAGUAAUGGAGAGAUGUUAAUAGCAGGAUAUUCAUGGAGUCGGUUAGUUUCUUUUGAUCCCCAGAAACCGAGAAUUCGUGAUACGGGGCUGGAGCUGUCAAUCGAUGGCUACGCGGAUUACUUUGUAGAGAGUCUUGCUUUACUUGAUAAAUCAAACUAAACUCAGCAGCAAAAGGCUGCUGGACACGCAGCAACUAAUGGAGCAAGAACAAAGAGGCACUGCAGAGGUUGCUGUCUUUUGAAAGGAAUGUAGUAUUCGGAUCAGUUUUAGAUGUCAGUGCCUCUUCACAUUUACUUGGUCUUCCUGGACACAGCUCAAACUAUUUCUCAUUGUUUUGGCAAUUUCUGAAGAUAUAUUUGUAGUUUGCUGGCAGAUGAAUUUUCUCAGAAUACUCCAUUUCGUA